GGAUUUUUAUUUAUGAAAAAUAUUACUCAUGCAACAUAUAUUUUUACUAUUUACGUAUGAGAAUUACUUGACUACCUCGAAUGUAUUUUACUAGACCUGUUUCAGCCGUCUGGGCCUACCAUGCCAUGCCAUGCCCAGCCCACCUCAGCCAGCCCUAUGCAGUCAAAUCGCUUAUCCAGUGACGCGCGGAAUAGGCGUUAGAAUACCGUUAAAUCCUAUCUUCUGCAACAGGCUAUUCAUUCUGAAUAAUUAGAGAUCGAAGAAGUUUAGCUCAAUUAAUGCUUAUCUGUGCCAGUACAGAUCAACAGCCCUGGAAUUCACCGCUAUCAACUCUGAUUCUUGUCCGAAAAUGCAAAACUGCAAGCGACACAAGUCAAGUCCAUACAAGGAUGAUAACAACUGGGUUUAUUAAAAGCACUUCUUUAACUACUAAAAUCAUACUGUCUCUCUCUCUCUCCACCAAAGAGGACCCUUUUCUCUGGAAUGCUGUAAUCAAGACUCACUCUCGUGGAAAUGACCCAAAACAAGCGUUAAUAAUUUUCUCUUUGAUGCUUGAGAAUGGGGUUUUUGUGGACAAGUUUUCGGUUUCUUUGGUCUUGAAAGCACGUUCUCGACUGGAGUUGGUUAAGGAAGGAAUGCAAAUUCAUGGGUUAUUGAGAAAUUUAAAAUUCGGGUCUGAUGUGUUUUUGCAAAAUUGCUUGAUCGGGUUGUAUAUAAGAUGUCGAUGCAUAGAGUAUGCACGUCAAGUGUUUGAUAAAAUGCCCAUGAGAGACUCUGUUUCAUAUAAUUCGAUGAUAGCUGGUUAUGUCAAGCAUGGUAACAUUGACCUGGCACGUCAAUUGUUUGAUGUUAUGCCGAUUAAUUGGAGAAAUUUAGUUUCUUGGAAUUCUCUAUUGAGAGGGUAUAUGCGGUCAGACAAUGGAUUCGAGCUUGCUUGGAAUUUGUUUGAGAAAAUGCCUGAGAGAGAUCUGUUUUCGUGGAAAUCAAUGGUUGAUUGGUGUGCGAAAUGUGGGAGGAUGGAAGAUGCUCAGGCUUUGUUUGAUAGGAUGCCGGAAAGGACUAUAAUUGGCUGGGCUAACAUGGUUGAUGGGUAUGCUAAAUUAGGCUAUGUUGAUAUUGCUAGGAAAUUUUUUGAUAACAUGCCAGAUAGAGAUGUUGUUGCUUGUAAUGCCAUGAUGAGUGGUUACGUACAAAAUGGCUACUGCAUGGAAGCUUUAGAUAUCUUUCAUGAUAUGCAAAGAGAGAGUAAUCUGUGUCCUGACAAUGCCACGUUGUUGAUUGUUCUUUCUGCAAUUGCUCAGUUAGGGCAUAUUGAAAAAGGAUGAAAACUGUGCAGCUAAUCUAUACUUGUUUAUGGGAGAUGUGUAUGAUGAUAAUGGGUUAACUUCCAGAACUGUGGCCACUCACAUUGUGCAUAUUAGUGUGGUGUCUGGUGAAGAAAAGUAAUUCGUUUCAUAUAUAUAUAUAUAUAUAUAUAUAUAUAAUAUAUAUAUUUAUGGGGCUGUUUUUUUUCUUAACUGCCUUACCUACAUUGGUAUAAAACUUUAAGGUUCUUGUCCUGCAUGUCUUUUUUCAAGUAAACCUUCUAAUCUGUCCUGUAAUUUAGAUUAUGAUGUGUACACAGAAUAUUUCUAAGGGACGACAAGGAAGGGAAGCGCAAAAUGUUGUAAGGGUUAUUUGGCAAAUAUACGUCUUAAGGGAGUUAGCUCAGAUGUGCUGAUAACUGCCUACGAACCUGUCCUAAUAAAUCCUCUGAGUGAAACUGCUAGAACAGUUGGUGCUGGUAUGGCAGCUCCUGCUGCACAAUCUGGAUUUCUGCCAAUGUCUGAAGUCUUUAAACUUGCAGUCUCUACCUUCAAAGUGAAUGACUGGAAUCUUUUCGGCAGUGCUGCUGUCUGAACAUGUUCAAGGAGCAGCUACUCCACAAAGCAAGGUUUUGUGCGCAAAGCCAUACAAAGGUGUAUAUACACAUGUAUAUAUUUUGGAUCAGAGUCUCGCUCGAUUAGUUUUUUAUGCCUUCUCUCUCUCUCUCUCUCUCUUGUACAAUUCUUUAAAGUUGAUGAGAACAAUAAUUCUGGCUGUUCUUGUUGAAUCCUUUAGAAUUGUCAAUUCUAUUUGGAUUUUCAAGCAAGUGUCGGAGUGAUAUGGCUGUAGUAUUGUGGUGAGUUUUGCCAUCACAGAUUUAGUUGCAUUCUUUCUUGGGUAUUAUAUUA